UGGGUGCAUAGUCGUCAGAAAAGGCAUUGCAGAGAUGGCGAUGGCUGCAAGGUUCGUCGCCGUCGUCUGCAUGCUCUCUCUCUUUACCCCUGCAUUUUCUUUUAGCUUAUCUGGCUUACUUUUCGGAGGUUCCCCUGACCGCAAUGCCGAAGCCGCUGAAACCACCGCCGGAAUGCGGGUAGGAUUCUAUGGCCGCACUUGCCCUACGGCCGAGGAAAUCGUCAAGAACCAUAUGGUCAAGGCUUUCCACGACGACCCCGGCGUUGCCGCCGCCAUCGUCCGCCUCCAAAGCCACGACUGCGUCGUCGCUGGAUGUGAUGGAUCAGUGUUGCUGGACGCGACGUCGGGAGGGGGGCGCGUGGAGAAGCAAGCGCCGUCGAACGGAAAAACCGUGCGAGGGUUUGAACUCAUCGACCGGAUCAAGGAGGAGAUGGAGCAGAGCUGCCCGGGAGUGGUGUCCUGCGCCGAUAUCCUAACAUUCUCGGCGCGGGACGCGCUUGUGUUAUCCGGAGUGCCGGAGUUCGAGGUUCCCGGCGGGAGGCGCGACGGGAACGUCUCCCGGGAACCCGACGCGCGAAAAAAUCUCGCAUCGCCGGACUUCACGGUGGAUCAGAUGGUGGCGCUUUUCAAGUCCAAAGGGCUGGACGUGGAAGACCUGGUGGCGCUGCUGGGCGCGCAUUCCAUCGGCGUCGCUCACUGUUCGAAUUUCCGGUACCGGCUGAACACUCCGGCGAGAGCCAAGGAAGUGGAUGGGUCGCUGAAGGUGGUGAUGGGAACCCAUUGCCGGAAUGCGGCGACCACAAUCCCAAUGGACAGCACCACCCAGUACAAAAUGGACUCCAUGUUCUACAAGCAGCUGUUGCAGAAGAAAGGGUUGCUGGAAUCCGACGAGCGGUUGGCCGGCGAUCCAAGAACGCUGCCGCUUGUGGAGGAGUUCGCCGAUGACCAGGCGGCGUGGCUCGGCAAGUUCACGGAGUCGGUGAUCAAGAUGGGGAAGAUUCGAGUGCUGACUGGAGAUGAGGGUGAGAUAAGGAAGAAAUGUCGAUUUGUUAACUAAAUUUGCCAUGCCAUUUCCUUCUUGUCGUCCUAAUAUUCUUUUAGGGGUAGUUUGGGUGUUUCAAUUUAUGAAAAACCAAAUGAAUUUUUAAAAGUGUAUGUAUACUCCUAACAAUUAACUCUUUGAUAGACCGAAGGGUAACUCAAAUGGCAAAAGAACUUCUUUGUAAAGACAAUC